GUUUUGGUUUAAAGAGACUAUAAAAGCAAACAUAUAUUGAAAAAUGGGUUUCAAUAGGAAACGAUUAUUUGGAUCUAACAGACAGUCUUCGGUAUUAUUGCUUAGAAAAGCUAUACUCAACAACAGAUCCAUGGGUUCUGUCAAACCUAUACAACAUGAGGUCGAGAUUGCCUUCAAACGUGGAUCUGCUUUGUUAGCUAAAUGGGAUGAAUUGGCCGUUAAGACAGACAUUGAGACUCACAUUUCCAAAGAUUCAUUGGUUAACCUAAAUGAAAAACUACUUGUUUUUCAUCAAUUAGAUGAUGAUUGUCGUACAGACCAUCCAAGACAUAUGCGUAUAGAUGUUGAGGACUACACCUAUUUUAGGUCUCAGUUGAUUAGUUCGCUCUCAAAAAUCAUGAAACGGUCGGCCAAUUGGCGGUCAAUCAGAUCGUUUAGUCUAUGUGUACGUGAUUUGCAUAAUGAUAUCCAAGACUUUUUCAGUCUAAACACUACUCUGGAAGUCUCAUCUGAAGACUCAGAUGGAUAUGACAGUUGA